GUGGUCCAGGUUCCAGGGACAUCACCGGAUAGAAAAUCCAAUAUGGCUGGCAACGCAUUUUUUAUUUUUUAUUUAUUAAUGCAAUAUAUGGACAUGUGUGUGAUGUCUGAAUUCAGUAGCUUUACUCUCAUGGUCCUAACUAUUUGGUUAAGUUUUUUGCAUUUAGCUUGUGACAGAGCUGUCAAGACAAAAUGGAAAUGGUGGCCUGACUGUGUUGGGCCGGGCUGUGAUGUGAUGUGGUGGGGUCUCUGGGUACUGGUCUAGGCAAAGAGGCAGCGGCAGGAGGAGCCAGGAGGAACCUGGAGUGGCUGUGGGUGUAGAGGUGGUGCCCGUGCCAGGCCAAGCCCGGGGCCUGGGGGCCGGAGAGUGUAUCUACGCUAUCUAGCAGCAGUACCGCUCUGCUCUGCCCUCCCUACAGACACUGGUAGGAGGCAGCCUCAGCAAUGGCAAUGGACCCAGGAACAGUCUGCUGUCCCCAUUUGCUUCAAGAUGUCCACCAUUGUUCCUGUACCCAAGAAAGCAAAGGUCUCUCGGCACCGCCACUCUCAUCAUGCCGGAACCUGUCCGUUACUCCCGGAUCCCUGACCUCCCAUUGGACAGCAGCCUACUGUUUGAGUUCCUGCUCUUCCUCUGCCUGUUGGUGGUGCUGUUCAUUCAGUACAUCAACAUCUAAAAUACUGUGUGGUUGUACCCUUACAGUCAUCCUCCAAGUCUCUGAACUUCCAUCUGAUGGACUACCACCUCACUGUGAUGCUGGCCAGGAGACUGGUGUGGACUAUAAUGUCACGGGAUUGCUGGAGACACAGCCCCGGAUAAGAACAUCCAUGAGUCUGUCAACGCCCAGAUCAAGAAGAACUUUGCCAAGAGCAAAUGGAUGCAAGCGUUUAAUGCCACAGCGGUGGUCCGUCAGAAAGCGUCUCCAGCUAGGGACCAGUCAGGAGGCUCCUAGCCAGACCACCCUACCCAGCCCCUGCAGAAGACACCUGCUGCUGGCUGAGGAGGAACACACAGAGUCUCCAGUUGAGAGGGGCUGCUUCCAGAGUGCUGACCGGCAGGGCAGAACGAGCCCCCUGGCUGUACCUACCGCCGCCAUCCAACCAGCUGCAUCUGGAGUGCGGCCAACCAGCCGAGAGAAACUCCCCAGUCUGGCCCGGAACACAGAGUUGUUGUUCCAGCGCCCCACCACCAGAUGGGGCAGGCAUGUUAAGAAUCCAGGGUGGGAAGGAGGAAAGAGGGACUCGAUGAUGCAAUUGCCAAUGGAGAUGGUCACUUGACCUAGCUUGGGGUGAGAGUGGAGGAUGAGCUGAGAGAGGAAAGAAGAAGAGGAGAGCUGAAUGAGCAGUGUCGUACAUACCCAGUGUAUUCUUGAGUGAUAUUAUUUUGGGAGUAGGACAGAGCUUGGACAGUGUUUUUACUCAUGCUUUGUAAAAAUGUAUUUCUGUAUAUGUAUUUUUUUUUUUAAAUCAUCAUUAUCCUUCCCCUUGACAACAUAUAGAGGAUUGAUCCACUGAUGUUACCUGCAUGACCAGAGGACAGGCAGACAAGACAAGAUUAGAUAAGACAGGUCCUCAUGCAUGUUGACUGGUAACAGGUGUUUUUAUAGCAUGAGGAGUCUACUGCAGAACUAUGUGUAUGUGGUACCACCCCAUUGUGGAAUCGUUUCUGUACAGCAGAUAUUGUAGCACGAGAGAUGGACUUACAUGCAGAGCCGUUCCUCGAAAAACUAAGAAUAGGUCUCAGUUAACCCACAGUUUUACUCCUUGAUGUUUAAACCACAUUCUAACCUGAAAGGGCAAUAAGAUCCUGUUGAUGAAGACUCUUUGGGGGAGAGUUUCAACCUGGCUUUGAACUGGUCAAAACUUAAUCCAUUUAAAUUAUAAAAACCAUGGAAGAGCAGGGAAUAGAUGUGUGCUAAUACAAAGCCAAAUGUGGAUAUGUUCUUAACCAUGUAGAUACAACCAACUAGCAUUCCCCUUUGGAUCACCCUUCCAUGGAUCUUUUCUUCAUUCAUAUUGGGGUUGUUUUUUCAAGCCAUUGUAUGUGUACAGAGAGAACUUGAAUGAAAGAAUGUAAAUAAUAAUCCAAUCGUCUCAUCUCACUUCAUCAUUACAUCGUCAAUCUCGCUCUCACCAUAAGGUCACUUUUAAUUGUUGAUACUUUUCAUAACCUAUUGCACAUACAAAAGUGGGAUUUUAUGUUAGUCACUCAAGACUACUCAUUUUUUAAAAUGUUUUUGCACCACCCUAUUUUUCCCAUUACUCUGUUUAAAUGUCCAUCAUCUACGAGAAACAGCUUGACCUGGCAACCUUUGGGGUCUAAUAUGUUGAGAAAAGUGGUAAUGAAAAGUCUGACAUGGAAUAUAUACCCUCACCUGUGAUCUGUGUAAGAGGCGAUAUCUAGUGAGAAAUUGUCAGUUGUAACCCAUUUGGCUGAGGCUUUCAGCCAUCUGUCGAAAUAUUACAAGUCAUAUGAGCUUAAAAAUUGUUAAUUAACAACCUUUGGGGCCUAAGAUGUUGAGAAAAGUGUCUUUGAAGAGUUUGACAUGGAAUUUCAUACUUAACCCUAACCAUAUUUCUGGUUUACAUCCCAAAAUAUAUUGUGUUCAUUGUUUUCAUAGCCUUUUUAUGUGAUGAGAAUAAGGACAGGUGUCACAUGAUGGAUUGAACAUGUUUAGAGAAUUUGACAUAGUGGUUCUCAACUGGACUUUUUUGACACAUGCUAUACAUCAUGAGAAAAAUGCAGUUUAAAGCCAUUCACCUUUGGAUAAAAGUGUUCUAUAUCAGUCUAGAAGGUUUUCAUUGUAAUCAAUUAGGGAGUUAUUCAGAUUCGCCAAUAUCCCCCUUUCUGAGAAAGGUUGGUUGAACCUCGCAAAGGUCUAUGAAGGAACACGUUUUUUUUUUUCAUGCUAUUUUGACUGUCAGGGAUUCAACAGUCUUGGCUUCAUAAAAUGUGUUUAUUUUAAUCCGUUA